UUGACGUUAUGUAUAAGUUGGAUUAAUAACAAUCGAUUUUCAUAAAAAUUAACGGUUGUAUACAAAAACAGUUAAUUAUUUAUCCAUUUAGUAACGGAAAAGUGGUAUUCAAAUAUGUAUUACUAAUUAAAAUAGUAAGGCAAGUGAACAGUGUUUUUCAAAAUCAAGUUGAGAAGAAAAUGAAAAGACUGGUCGCCAAGUGGCCAUUAAAUACAUUGCUGUUUAUAUGAGUAGGUUUACCACGAGAUAUCUAGAAUAUCGGUCAAAUCUUCUAUCAAAAAUGAGUAAAAGGCGAAGAACAAGUUCCAUAGCAAGCAGGGGUCAAGAGGAUGAUUCCUUAGACAGCAUAGAAGCCAGUUCUAGUGGUGCCCCUCCAAGAAAAAGAAACAAAAAACAAGAUCCUAUGGAACAAUGCCAACAACUUUAUGAAUCAAUUAGAAAUCAUAAAAAAGAGGACGGCUUGUUACUCUGUGAUGCUUUUAUAAGAGUGCCAAAACGUAGACAGGAGCCUGCUUAUUAUGAGGUCGUGAAUAAUCCUAUUGAUUUACUUAAAGUUCAACAGAAACUAAAAACUGAAGAGUAUGAAGACAUAGAAGAUCUACAGACUGACAUUGAACUCAUCGUUAGCAAUGCAAAGGCAUUUUAUAAAAGAAGCUCCCAAGAGUACAGAGAUGCUUGUGAUCUAUGGGAUCUUUUUCUCACCAACAAGAACAAAAUGUUGGAUCCAAAAGAUGGAGAAGAAAAUGAUUCAAAAGGCAAACUUAUCUUAAAAGUAAAUAAAGUUGGAAGGAAGGCCUCAACCCCAGUUAUAGAUGUUAAGAAAGAUGAUGAAGAGGCUUCAGAGACUUCAACAAAUCCAGAUGAAGAUAUGAACCCUUAUGAAGAGCUUUUUACAGCAGUAAUGACAGCAACUGAUGCAGAAAACAGACCCUUACACACUGCUUUUCAACUUUUGCCAUCAAAAAAGAAAUAUCCUGAGUAUUAUGAUGUCAUAGAGAAUCCUAUUGAUCUAAGAGCAAUAGCUGUUAAGAUUCAAAGUACUGAAUAUAGUAAUUUGAAUGAAUUAGAAAAAGAUCUGCUCUUAAUGACUAAAAAUGCUGCUUCAUUUAAUGAACCAGGGUCACAAAUUUAUAGGGAUGCUAAGUUACUAAAAAAGAUUAUACAGAGUAAGAAAAUUGAAAUAGAACAUGGAAAAUUGUCUGGGGCAAAGACCAGCGAACGAAUUCGAAAUAAGCGAUUAAGAACCAGUACGUCACUUUCUGCAGUUACCGCAGCUCUACGAGACGAAGAGACUGACACAGAAGAAGGAGAACUAGAAGAAGUCAUGGAGGUUGAGAAUGAUCCUCCAGUAGAUCUUGACAACCCCCAAUGGAGGUUGUUUGAAGCAGUUCGAACCGUUUCCGGUAAUGCAGGCGUUUUAUUAAGCGACCCCUUUUGGAGAUUACCUUCUCGACGUUUCUAUCCCGAUUAUUAUCGCGAAAUUAAAAAUCCCCUGUCACUUACCCAAAUUAGAAGAAAAUUAAUGAACUGCGCCUACGGUACCGUCAGCGAAGUUGCGGGCGACUUGAAUAUCAUGUUCGAAAACGCGAAAAAAUACAACAUACCAACAUCUAAACUUUACAAAGACGCCGUUAAAUUGCAGAAGGUGAUGCAAGCAAAAGUGCAAGAACUACUUGAUCUAGAUCAGGUAACUCACAGAGUCACUAACAAAACCCGAAAGACUCGCGCAAGCGCCCUUGUCCUGUUCCAGGACACAGACAGCGAACUGGAUAACGAGGAAAAGAAUCGUAAGAGACCCGGCGCCAGGUCCAAAACUCCACAGACUGGAUCGGGCACGCUUACUCGCGGUAGACCCCCCAAAGAUCCCAUACCACUUAAGAAAAAACUACAUGCAAUAGCAAAGCAUCUUUUAGACUACACGUGCGAAGAUGGUAGGAAACCUUUGUUAGGGUUUAUGGAAAAACCUUCAAAGAAGUUGUAUCCGGAUUAUUAUGAAGUUAUAGAAGAGCCAAUUGAUUUUAUUGAAAUUGAACAGAAAAUUAGGGCUGAGCAGUAUUCUAACGAAAACGACCUUAUACGCGACUUUAAAUUAAUGUUUUCCAAUUGCCGACAGUUUAAUGAAGAAAACUCAACGAUAUAUGAAGAUGCAAAUUUAUUAGAAAAAGUGUUAAUGGAAAAAGUGGGACAAAACCCUCCAACACCCGAAAAAGAAACCCGCAAAACUGUCCUGAGAGUUUCGAAACCUAGGAAAGUAUUAUCGCCAGUAGAAAAAAAUUGUCGUUUCCUAUACGAAACUGUUAGAGACUACAAAGAACCCAAAGCCAAUCGACAACUUUCGGCAAUCUUUAUGAAGCUGCCAUCAAAAAAUGACUACCCUGACUAUUACGAGGUGAUAAAAAAUCCUAUAGACAUGGAAAAGAUCGCUCAGAAGAUGAAAUCGAACUUGUACGAAACGUUGGACGAUCUUUUUAACGAUUUCAAUCUAAUGUUUGACAAUGCUUGUAAAUAUAACGAACCGGAUUCUCAAAUAUAUAAAGACGCGUUACUUCUUCAAAGAGUUUGUCUUCAAACGAAGAAUCAUCUGAAGGAAGAAGAUGACGCCGUUCCUGACGUUCCUGCAGCCGUCCAAGAUCUUCUUCUCAACCUUUUUACUACCGUCUACAACCACCAGGACGCCGAAGAACGGUGUUAUUCAGAUUCCAUGGCAGAGCUCCCUGAGCAUGACGAGGUCGAUGGAAAAAACAACGACAACGACAAGACUCCUUGUUCCAGGGUCCGAGCGUUGUCUUUGGACUUAAUAAAACGUCGUUUGGACAAGGGCCUUUACAAAAGGUUGGAUACGUUCCAAGAUGAUUUCUUUGCUUGCUGCGAAAGGGCACGCCGCCUAUCUCGUUCGGACUCGCAAGUCUUUGAAGACUCCAUCGAAUUGCAAUCUUAUUUUAUUAAACAACGAGACGAAUUGUGCAAGAACGGUGAACUGUUACAUUCUCCAGCGUUAAGUUAUACUUUAAUGCAUCUUACGUCGGCUGUCGAGUCCAUACGCCAAAGUAAAAUCCUCCAGGAGUCAUUAGAAGACGAAAGCGAGACUCGAAGUUCUGACGAUUCAGUUAUAAAAGACUCUACUUUAUCGAACUCUAGUACGAGUGCUAGUGGAACUGGAGAAUCUAUGACGAUGGACCAACAAACAUUCAAAAUUGGAGAGUUUAUUUAUAUAGACCCCAAAGAAAAAGGAUUGGAGCCCCACAUACUGCUCAUUGAACGGCUUUGGACUAAUAAUGAAGGACAAAAGAUGCUUUACGGAAAUUAUUACUUAAGACCUGUAGAAACGUAUCAUGUAACAACAAGGAAAUUUUUGGAAAGAGAGGUGUUUAAAUCAGAUAAACACAUAGCAGUGCCCUUGGAGGAAGUCAAAGGCAGAUGCGCUGUCAUGAAUGUGAAGCAGUACUUUACCAUGAGACCUGAAGGUUUUGAUCUGAAGGAUGUUUACGUCUGUGAAUCACGUUACAGCACAAAAAGUAGAAGUUUUAAGAAAAUGAAGGUAUUUCCAGAAACACAGGAUUUGACUUUGAUUUCCAGGGAAGUCCCAUUGGAACCCAAGAGAGUCAUGUCUGUCUUUAGAGAACGUGUGGAGAAGCACAAGGAUGAACUGGCCGAAUUACAAGAGCAGGAGAGAUUGAUAGAAAAAGAAAAACCAAACGUGGUUGCAUUUUCGAGUAUGGGAAUCGACGAUGGUAACACGUAUUACGAGCAGUACAACACCAUUUGCAGUGGAGUUAUAAAAACAGGUGAUUUUGUCUAUGUAGCUGCUGAAGGUGGACGACAAAUGAUUGCUCAGAUUGAUGCCAUUUGGGACACAAAAGAUGGUAAGGGUUACUUUCGAGGUCCCUGGUUCGUUACUCCGAUGGAAAUCCCUCUAAACCCUCACAGAAUGUUCUAUAAGCAAGAGGUAUUUUUAUCAACAUUGGAAGAUACAAACCCUCUUGUUGGUAUAAUGGGAAAGUGUAGCGUUUUGGAUUACAACGAAUAUAUUUCAUGUCGUAUCACAGAAAUUCAUGAAUCAGACGUCUACAUUUGUACAUCGAUGUACGACGAAUUAAACAGACAAAUAAAAAAAUUGUCUCCCGACGGUCUCAAGAAGCACACACACUGCAGUGCCGUGACAGAAGACGAGGUCUAUUACUUCCCAAAAAUUAUAAAUCCACCAAAGGUGGGUAGCGAUAUUGCCCAGACCAACCCAGAGACGGCAAAACCCCAAAGUAUACCCGUUGAAGUUGAGCAGUCUCCAGUCUUAACAAAAAUGAGCGACAUGGAGAUGUUGAUGGAAGAUUCUCUAGACGGUGGUCCCCCAUCAGUAGGAUCGGGGGAAAUCCCAACUUCUGUUGUUCCCACCCCCACCAGCACCCCUACUCCCACAACGACUAAAAAGAAAUCAAACAAGAACAAAGUAGUAACGGGGUAUAUACUGUACUCACGGGAGGUGCGAAAGCAAGUAGUGCAAAACAAUCCCGAUUCAAACUUCGGUGAAAUCAGUAAAAUUGUCGGUAAUGAGUGGCGUUCGUUGCCUGCGAUCGAGAAACAGUCUUGGGAAGAGAAAGCGACGAAAAUGAAUGAAGAGAACAAAGCACAGCUGCUCAUCGACGAGAUUGCCAAUCCCACGCCCCCGCCGCCGCCGCCCCCCGUCGACAUAGUGUACGAAUGCCUCUGGGACGGUUGUGACUUCCAAUUCGAAGACAUAUCAGACUGUAUUGAGCACACUAUCAAGGACAGGGAUAACCAGCAGGGUCAUGUCCAAAGUUUCUUCCAAAAGAAUCCCGACUCCGAAUUCCAUUGCCAGUGGAAGAAUUGUGGCAGAAAUAAUAAAAAGAACGUGCAACCCUUCCCGAAUAUUACCCGUCUAUUAAGACAUGUUAGGGACAUGCACAUUAACAAGGGGAAUGGUCGAUGUGUUCCCCCUGAAAAUAGAAGCAAGAAUUUCAAGCCAUCUAGCAAACCUCAACCUAAUGUUUCAAGACCUACCCCAACCGCCACACCUAAUCCACCUUCCACGUCACAUCCGCCAGCUGCUGCAGUCAAACAACCGGAACCCAUGUUUAUAUCUGUUCCUCCAAGACCUCAGAGGGUUCUACAUUCAGAGGCCUAUAUUAAGUAUAUAGAAGGUCUUCAAGCUGAUAAUAAGUACAUAACACCUUGGGAAAGGACAUUAAAUGUCACAAAAGAGACUGUGCCCCCGCCAGACCCUGAUAAACUCACUCAUGUGGCAACGUGGUUGGGAAAGAAAUAUGAACAACCCGAAGAAGUGCUAAAUGCCUUAUGGAACUUAAGGAAUCAGAUGCUCAGAGACACCCUAGGACUACAAAAGCUUUUGUAAUGAACUACUUUUGUACGUUUAGUAAGUUUUAUGUCUGUUUUUCUAAUAUAUAGGAACAUAUGUCCAAA